UGUCACACACUCACACACACACACUCUCACUCCCUCCCUCCCUCACACUCGGACCCGCACCAUGCGUACCUGUCCGGAGCUAUUCUGCCACCCCGUGCUGGAUUUUACCAAUAAGGCGUCAGGCUGAUCCGUGUCUAAGGAUAUUCCGACCUCCCUGAGAUUCCCCUCGUUUCUCUCCGCGGCCGGCUGAAGGGAGGAGGCUGAGCGGCAGAAGGAUUUAGCAAAAGGAGGCCGUGCCAUGAGAGCUGACCUCUGAGUCGCGGUGGAGAAGCCCGGCGGCCCUCUUUUGUGUUCGUGUCCUGUUUGAGCGGCCCGCUGUCCAGCCAUGAGGAGCAGCUCUCAUGCCCUGCCUCUCGGCGUGCUCGCGGCUCUGCUGCUGUCCCAGCUCUGCUCCGGCAUCAAGUGGCUAGCGCUAUCACACACUCCUGCCUCGAUAUACGUCAACCAGACCCAGCACUGCAAGAUGCUUCCCGGCAUGGUGUCCUCCCGCCAGCUGUGCCGCAGCAACCUGGAGCUGAUGCAGACCAUCAUCCAGGCCGCCGGGAGGUCAAGAAAGACGUGUCAGAAGACGUUCGGCGACAUGCGCUGGAACUGCUCGUCCAUCGACAUCCCCCCCGACGCCACCAAGUAUCGGCCAGACCUCGACCGAGGCACACGAGAGGCAGCUUUCGUCUACGCUCUGUCUGCGGCCACCAUCAGCCACACCAUCGCGCGGGCGUGCACCACCGGCGAUCUGCGCCUCUGCUCGUGCGGUCCAAUCCCCGCCGAGAUCCCCGAGCCCGGCUACCGCUGGGGCGGCUGCGCCGACAACCUGCACUACGGGCUGAUUAUGGGCUCCAAGUUCAACGACGCUCCCAUGAAGAUGAAGCGGUCGGGCUCCCACGCCAACAAGCUGAUGCACCUACACAACAGCGAAGUCGGGAGACAAGUAUUAAGAGAGGCACUGGUGAAGAAGUGUAAAUGCCACGGCGUGUCUGGAUCCUGCUCCAUAAGGACCUGCUGGAGGGGACUGCAGGACCUGAGAGAGAUCGCCAUGGACCUGAAGACCAAGUAUCUGUCCGCCACCAAGGUGGUGCACCGGCCCAUGGGGACGCGCAAGCAGCUGGUACCAAAGGACAUCGACAUCCGGCCGGUGAGGGAGAACGAGCUGGUCUACCUGCAGAGCUCCUCGGACUUCUGCUCCAAGAACGACAAGCAGGGGUCCGUCGGCACCCAGGACAGGCAGUGCAACAGAACCUCGCUGGGCAGCGACAGCUGCGACCUGAUGUGCUGCGGCCGCGGCUACAACCCCUACACCGAGAAGCUGGUGGAGCGCUGCCACUGCAAGUACCACUGGUGCUGCUACGUCACCUGCAAGAAGUGCGAGAGGAUCGUGGAGCGAUACGUCUGCAAAUGAGCCCCGGCGCCGCCCGCCACCCGCCGCCCGCCGCCCUCCACCUUCAGCACCCGGCCACCCCGAGGCUCCACAGAUUAACCAAAGCACUACCAGAAGGCUUCCUGUCGUCUUAAG